GAUCGUCUCUCUGCCUCCGACUCGGAAGUGUUUCCGAGACGGCCGGGGCGAGGCGGGAUGAGCGCGGCGCACGGCGGAGCGGCGCGGGCGCUGCGGGUGCCGGGCCGCCACGGCUAUGCGGCCGAGUUCUCCCCGUACCUGCCGGGCCGCCUGGCCUGUGCCACGGCGCAGCACUACGGCAUCGCGGGAUGUGGAACCUUACUUGUGUUGGAUCAGAACGAAUCUGAGCUUAGGGUUUUUCGAAGUUUUGACUGGAAUGAUGGUUUGUUUGACGUGACCUGGAGUGAGAACAACGAACACGUCCUUGUCACGUGCAGUGGCGACGGCUCGCUGCAGCUCUGGGACACGGCCAAAGCAGCAGGGCCCCUGCAGGUCUACCGAGAGCACGCGCAGGAGGUAUAUAGUGUUGAUUGGAGCCAAACCAGAGGUGAACAGCUCGUGGUGUCUGGCUCAUGGGAUCAGACUGUCAAAGUGUGGGACCCAGCUAUUGGAAAGUCUCUGUGCACCUUCACAGGCCAUGAGAGUGUCAUUUAUAGCACAAUUUGGUCUCCUCACAUCCCUGGCUGUUUUGCUUCAGCCUCAGGCGACCAGACUCUCAGAAUUUGGGACAUGAAGACGGCAGGAGUGAGGAUUGUAGUUCCAGCGCACCAGGCGGAAAUUCUGAGCUGUGACUGGUGUAAAUACAAUGAGAAUCUGCUGGUCACAGGUGCAGUGGAUUGUAGUUUGAGAGGCUGGGACUUAAGAAAUGUACGACAACCGGCGUUUGAGCUUCUUGGUCACACCUAUGCUAUCAGGAGGGUGAAAUUUUCACCAUUUCAUGCUUCAGUGCUGGCCUCUUGCUCUUACGAUUUUACUGUAAGAUUCUGGAACUUUUCAAGACCUGAUCCUCUUCUUGAAACAGUGGAGCAUCAUACAGAAUUCACCUGUGGUUUAGAUUUCAGUCUUCAGAGCCCCACUCAGGUGGCUGACUGUUCUUGGGAUGAAACAAUAAAGAUCUAUGAUCCUGCUUGUCUUGCUGCUCCUGCUUGAGAUCUGCUGUGGUCAGAAUCAGAGGUUGCCUGAAGACUGCGUAAAAGCAAAUCAAUGAACUCGGGACAACGCGGCUGUCAUGCUUUGGCAAAUGCCAUUCAGAUUUCAGCUUUUUCAGAUUUACCCUGCAGUCUGUUCUGAGGCAGCUGACAAAGACUUUGGCUCAUCUAGGCCUGGUAUAUAAGCCAUAUUUCUAAAAAUCCUAUGGAAAAAUUGAUAUUAUAAUGUCUAUUAAAAUGUAACAAAUGUUGUGAAAUGGACUAAAGUAUGAGAGAUCAGUAGUAUAUAUUGAUAGUUACAUAUUUAAUUCUUAUGUCACUUUUGAUGAAAAAAAUAUAAAUCACUGCUGUUGAAAUCAAAAUAAACUACGUCUCUUGAUAAUUUAUCACUCAUGAUAUCCUCAAUUAGAUUGUUCCAGCAUGUGUGUAUUUGACUGCAGGACUACCUGUCCAGAGGUAGUUGUCAGAGCUGUAAUCAACAUGUCAUGUGUUCAUCUAUUGAGCAGUUAUCUGUUGGACAUUUACUGUGUGCCUGGCAGACUCAGU